CUCUCUGUCCGUCGCACCUCUUCACACGUGUGGCUGCACUUUGUAUACUGGUGUCACUGGUUCGUGUGAAACUCUGGGCUCACAAGGAAACUCUAAAAUGAGGCCGGUGUUGGUGCUGCUGGUUUCCACAGCCUGGACCAUGACAGCAGCUCAGUACUACUACCAGGGGCUGAUGGAUUAUCUGGAGAACAGGUUGUUGGCUAUCGAGGACCGUAUGCAGUUCUGGCACGACCAGUCCCACCGGUACCACACCGAGCUGCAGGAUUUCAAGAAGUUAACCGCCGAGGCCGUGGAUGGGCUGAGCAGCGAGCACGGCUCCCUGUUCAAAGACCUGGAAGGAGCCGCGGUCCGGGUGGACCGGGUGGAGCGGGAGAUGGACUACGUGGAGGCGCAGACUUCGCCUCGGGCCUGUGCCAGACAGGCAGAGAAGGUGGUGGAGCAGGGGGUCUGGGGGCUGGAGGAGAGCAGAGGAGAGGAGGAGGAGGAGGAAGAGGAGGACUGGGAGGAGCUGCACUCCAGAGUCUCUGACUGUGUUGAAAUCAUCUCUGGCAUCAGAUCAGUGAAGAUCCUGAAGAGAGUGGGCGGUCCCAAGGGGAUGUGGACCAGAGACCCCAGGUCCUCCAGGGUCUACGUCUUCAACGGGACUUCAGGAGACGUCAUCUAUCGGUUCAACUCUGUUCAGGACUUCUCCCGUUCUCCUGGACUCGCCGGCGGCACACAGAUCCGGCUGCCCUUUGCCUGGAGCGGCCCCGGCAGUGCUGUGCAUAACGGGUAUUUGUACUACGUGAUGCAGGAGGCUGACACAGAUCUGCAGGUCGUCAGAUAUGACCUGAUGAGUGGCACGGUGACGGAUAUCGCCAUGUUCCCUGUGGACAGCCGGGCGAGUGUGUACAACCUCAACCCGGAGACCGUGGCGGACCUCGCAGCCGAUGACGAGGGCCUCUGGCUCCUGUUCGCCACGAGUGACAGCGAGCCCAACAUCAACCUUGCUAAGAUGGACCCCGCCACGCUCGAUAUAGAACAGAUCUGGGACACCCGGUGCCCAAGGGAGAACGCGGAGGCGGCUUUUGUGGUGUGUGGGACCGUCUAUGUCGUGUACAACACCCGCCUGGUGAGUCGCUCGCGGAUCCAGUGUGUGUUUGACGUCAACGACAUGGUGAUCAGCGAGGAGGCUCCCCUGCUCUACUUCCCCAGGAGGUACGGGGCCCACGCCAGUCUGAAGUACAACCCAGAGGAGAAGCAGCUCUACGGCUGGGACGACGGAUAUCAAAUCAUCUACAGGCUGACCAUGAAGAGGAAGAUGCUGGUGUGACAGCGGGGGAGGUGGUGUCAUGUUCCCGAAGGCAAGGAGAGAAACAUAGGAGCAUUAAAUCUGUACAUAUCCCUCCCAUGAUAGGGCUUAACGUGGCCUGAGUAAUGGGAUUUCCACUGUUACUGAACAUGCCUCUGUAGGAGUCAACAAUGCAUGUGCCAGAUGCCUUCAACCCUCGAGGGAAAACCUGUUGGAAGCUUUGAACAGAGACUGGGAAGCGUUUCUCCUUUGCUUCCAGUCCCGAUGCUAAGCUAAGUUAGCCAGAUGCACUGGUUUGUAUUCUUGUAUAGCGCCAUCUUAUUUUAUUUCAAACCAAAAGUCUCCAUAUUUGGAGAAGUGGGGGGGGCAGGGGUGGAGCCUGACUGAGUCUGAGGACGCUGCAUCUACACCUGUGAUCUGCACCGAUUGGUCGGUAGUAGCUGUCAAUCACACAGCAUCCAUGCCCCAAUGCAUAUUUGACUCUUAAAGGACCAUUAUUUACUAAAUGAACCUCAUACUGUAUUGAAAACUUGAAACUAGAG